AUGCCGGGCACAGCAGGUGCCACGGCGGAGCGCACCGCGCACCAAGAUAAACCCACGCUACAGGUGCUCACGCCCGAGGAGCCGCGGGCGUCCAAGGACUCGCCGGGGUCGCUGGGGCUGCACGGCAGCAGCCCCGCGAGCCGGUCGCCGCUGGAGUCGCCGUCCGUGCAGAGCACGCGGGAGCUCGAAGUGGCACUCGCGGAGACGAUCCAGGAGCUCGAGGCGCAGGCCGGCGACGACCGCUACGCGGCCGGCGCGGCGCUGGACAUCCCGCGGCUGCUCUCCGUGCUCAAUCAGUCGCUGACAGCGAUCUCGCACUGGUCGCUGCAGGCGCGCCUGGCGCAGCUGGAGAACCGCAGCGCGUGGGACUCGCGGCUCGCAGUCGAGAACAGCCUGAUCAAAAAGGAGGUGGAGUUCUUCCGCAACCGGUGCCUGAGCGAGUCCCACAGGAGCCCAAGGCUCGUGCACGCGCCCUCGGCGCCGGCCAGCCCAUCGCGCGGCGCGCCGGCCCGCGUCUCGAAGCCGGCCCGUAGCAACCCCUCCAAGAAAGCACUUUCCCAGCAGCAAGACACGCAGCAGCAGGCACAGCAGCCGCUGCUGCGGCUGGUCGAAAACCACAAGCCGCACCCGCGCAUGCGAAGGAGUAGCGACAACCCGUCGGCGUCCGACUUCGUGCGCGUUUUCCAUCUGGAAAAACUGUGA